AUGAACAUGAUGAAGGUGGCUAAUUAUUUGGGGAAAGUGAACCUCUAUGUUGUGCAUGGGGUGGACGAACCAACUAUUGUAGAAAAUGAUGAGAAUGAGAUUUUGUACCUAUGUGAAGGUCCUGUAGAGAGUGGUGAGGGUAGUGGCGUUGGAGGAGAAGCACAUGUUGAGGGUGGUGAUGAAAUAAUUAGGGACGUAGUGCAGGGUGUAGUGGAGGUUGAGAAUUGUGAUGCAGUGGAUGUUGAGAAUGAAGAUGUUUGGGAGGAUGACAAGGAGGAUUCAGAGGAUGUUGAGGUUGCAGUGGAGGUUCAGAAUGAGGAUAGAGUUGAGUUUGAAAGUGAAGAAGUAGUGGAAGUGGAUAAUGUGGAUGAAGUUGAGGUUGAAAGUGAUGAAUUAGUGGAAGUGGACAUUGAGGAUGGAGGGGAGGUUGAAAGUGAAGAAGAAUUGGAAGUGGACAUUGAGGAUGGAGGGGAGGUUCAUAGUGAACAAGAAUUGGAAGUGGAAGUGGACAGUGAUGAUGAACCAGGAAUGGAUGAUCUGAGUGGUGAUGAAUACGUUGAUGCAGACAAUCAUCAAGAAACCCAACAACAAUGCAGGGGUUUGUCAGACGAUGAUUGA